AUGGCAGCCAUCCGGAGGCAGUGCAAGAUGGAUCCACUAAGGCUGAAACAGUUUGUAGAGACCAUGUGCAAUGGUAGAUUUUUAGAAAAACAACCUGAUGAGGCAUGGGAGUAUUUGGAUUCCCUUGCUGAGACUGCCCAACUUUGGGAUAACGGGGAUAGAAACAACAAGUCUUUGUCUAAGCCUACUAGCUCUGUACAGGGAGGCCUUUACAACCUCAGAACUGAGGAUGAUCUUCACGCUAAAAUGGCAGCCCUCACUAGGAAGGAAGUCUUACACGAUCAAGCAAAUGCUAUGAACUCCUACCAAAAGCCUUAUAACGAUCCAUACUCGAAUACCUAUAACCCUGGUUGGAAGAAUCAUCCAAAUUUUAGGUGGAGAAAUGAUCAUCCUCAACAGUCACACCAUUCAGCUCCUCCACCUGCACAUCCUACUUUUGCAUCACCACCCUCUCAGAAGCCGAAUAUUGAGGAUACCUUGCAAUCUAUACAAACUUUUCUACAAGGUCAAGCUAAUAUCAAUGCUCAAAAUACUCAAAAUUUUGAAGAUAUAAGGAACCAAUUGUCGAUGUUGACUACCGUCCUAAGUACCCAAGAGAAGGGUAAGCUUCCAGCUCAACCCCAACCUAAUCCACAAGUGCACGGUAGUAAAAAUACGGCUCCUUCUAGUUCGCAUACAGAACAUGCAAAGAGCAUCAUGACUUUGCGUAACGGAAAAGUCAUUAAUCAGACCGUCCCAUUGAGACCGCAGGUCACUUCUAAUUCUGAUGCUCCCAAAGCCGAUGAAAGGGACAAAGAAGAAGUUGAGGUCCCAACUUCUACCGAGAAAGUUGAAUGUCCUUUUUCUCCACCUUUUCCACAACGGUUAAAGCCGUUGCAAAAGCUCGAACCUAAUUCUGAAAUUCUUGAGCUUUUCAAACAAGUACCCUCAUAUGCCAAAUUUUUGAAGGACUUGUGUACUGUCAAACGCCGAUUAAAUGUUAAGAAGAAGGCAUUUUUAACUGAAAAUGUGAGUGUUAUAUUGCAGCACAACAUUCUUCCUAAAUAUAAAGAUCCAGGUUGCCCAACCAUCUCAUGCAUCAUAGGUGACUUUAGGAUAGAGCGAGCAUUGUUAGAUUUAGGGGCGAGUGUGAAUUUAUUGCCAUAUUCUGUAUAUGAGCAACUUGGUUUAGGACGUCCAUUCCUUGCAACUUCUAAUGCAUUGAUUAAUUGUAGGAAUGGCGUCAUGAAGCUUUCUUUCGGUAAUAUGACCUUAGAACUGAACAUUUUUAAUGUGUGCAAACAACCCAAUGAUUCCGAAGAGAGUAAGGAGGUUGAUUGGGUUGAAACCAUCGCAGAAGAUUAUUUGUUAGCUAAAGCAAUUAACGACCCAUUCAAUGAUAGCUUAAUUGAUUGGUGUCCUAAUGGAACCAAUGAUGAUGAUUUGUCAGUCACACCUAUUGUGGAUAAUCUGGAUAUCAAGAUGGUCAAUGGAUGGAGACCAAAAGUAGGAGAAUUUGAGAGAUUGUCGCCUCGAGAGGUAAAAAUAGUACCAUCCCAUGAGCAAGCACCCAAGCUCGAAUUGAAACCCUUACCAAAGGAACUUAAGUAUGCUUUUCUUGGACCCGAAGAUGCUUUUCCUGUAAUCAUCUCGUCUGGACUUGAUCAUACCCAAGAAAAUGGCUAUUCGGGAUAUUAUCAAAUUGAAAUUUUACCGGAAGAUCAAGAGAAGACUACCUUCACUUGUCCUUUUGGCACAUUUGCUUUCCAACGAAUGCCAUUCGGGUUGUGUAAUGCACCUACAACAUUCCAAAGAUGCAUGCUCAGCAUCUUUGAAGACAUGAACGAGAAAUUUUUGGAAGUGUUCAUGGACGACUUCUCCGUUUUUGGUGACACAUUUGAUGAUUGCCUGUCACAUUUACAAGCUGUCCUAGCUCGAUACCAUGCAGCAUUAAAAUAUUUGCUAGACAAGAAAGAGGCCAAACCACGCUUAGCUUGCGGUGGAUACUUUGCCUCUAAGAAAACUGUUGCAAAAGUUUUGCAAUGUGGUUUCUAUUGGCCCACUAUGUUCAAAGAUGCCCACGAGUUCUGCAGGACAUGUGAUCCAUGUCAACGUGUUGGGAGUCUAACUCAUAGGCAAAUGAUGCCUCUUCAGCCCAUUACUGCUAUUGAAAUUUUUGAUAUAUGGGGCAUCGAUUUUAUGGGCCCAUUUCCACCGUUUUUUGGAUAUGAGUACAUUUUAGUUGGGGUCGAAUAUGUAUCCAAAUGGGUAGAAGCUGUCGCUUGUAAGACCAAUGAUCACAAACCCGUCCUAAAGUUUUUAAAAGAAAAUAUUUUUUCACGAUUUGGGAUGCCUAAGGUUAUAAUUAGUGAUGGUGGAAAACACUUUUGUAAUAAGCCUUUUGAGACAUUAUUAAAAAAGUAUGGUGUCACCCACAAAGUUGCUACCCCAUAUCACCCGCAAACUAGUGGCCAAGUAGAAUUAGCCAAUAGGGAGAUCAAGCGUAUUUUAGAGAAAACGGUGAACCCAUCACGAAAAGAUUGGUCCUUGAAACUAUCAGAUGAUGCACUCACAUUUUGCUGGUUUGUUAUCAUCAAGCGCGGAUGGGCAGACGUGAUCUUUGUUUAA